CGGGAAGAGCCAGACGACACGAUCUUCAGCUACGUCUGUGAGACAGUGAGAUCUUCAGAUACGAAAGUUCAUUGAACAUCGACAAACCAUGAUGUCACCCAAUGUUACCUUGGUGACGCUGGUGCUACUGAUGGCACAAGGCAAUGCGGAUUUGAUUAGAGACUUGAACGGUUACCGCUACCGGGCGGUACGAAGGGCCGUUAAUUUCGACCAAGCCCAAGCGACUUGUGUGUCAUAUGGUGGACAUCUCGCCUAUGUCAAAACCUCAACACAACAGAGCAUCGUCGUAAAUAUGGCAUUGGCCGAUUCGAGCCUGGAUUACUGGAUUGGAUGCACAGACCGACAGUCGGAAGGCACUUGGCGAUGGACCGAUGGAACACGUCUUAGUUAUAAUAGCUGGGCACCAGGAGAGCCAAACAAUGUCAAUGGGGAACAGGACUGUGGAUGUCUUUAUUCUUAUUUUGCCUUUGCGUAUUGGGACGAUCAGCCGUGUCACCAUCUGCAUUUCUUUAUCUGCCAAACAGACAUCAACGAAUGCUCUAAUAAUAACGGCGGUUGUGACCACAACUGUGUGAACACUGAAGGGAGCUACAGGUGUACCUGCCGUAAUGGAUAUCAGCAAUCUGGGUUAACAGGCUGCAUUGACAAUAACGAGUGCUCCAACAACAACGGAGGCUGUGACCACAUCUGCCAGAAUACCGGAGGCGGCUAUCACUGCUCAUGCCAUGCGGGGUACCAGCUGUCAGGAUUAAAGCAAUGUGUUGAUAUCAACGAGUGUUCCAGCUCGCCUUGUCAUAACGGCGGAACCUGCCGAAACCUCAUCAACGCCUACCACUGUGACUGUCAACCUGGAUGGAGCGGCAUCAACUGUCAGUCAGAUGUAGACGAGUGUUCCAGCUCACCUUGUCGUAACGGCGGAACCUGCCAUAACCUCCUUAACUCGUACCGCUGUGACUGUCAACAUGGAUGGAGCGGCGUCAACUGUCAGGAAGACAUAAAUGAAUGUGACUCUAAUGGAGGAAGAGGACCAUGUGAACAAGCAUGUAUCAAUGAGUAUGGCAGUUUCCGCUGCUCCUGUCAGGCCGGAUUCCUGCUUGAUACAAACGGAGUCUCCUGCGUCGAUAUCAACGAGUGUUCCAGCUCGCCUUGUCAUAACGGUGGAACCUGCAGAAACCUCAUCAACGCCUACCACUGUGACUGUCAACCUGGAUGGAGCGGCGUCAACUGUCAGACAGAUGUAGACGAGUGUUCCAGCUCACCUUGUCGUAACGGCGGAAUCUGCCAAAACCUCCUUAACUCGUACCGCUGUGACUGUCAACAUGGAUGGAGUGGCGACAACUGUCAAGAAGAUAUCAACGAGUGUUCCAGCUCGCCUUGCCGUAACGGUGGAACCUGUCAAAACCUCAUCAACGCCUACCACUGUGACUGUCAACCUGGAUGGAGCGGCGUCAACUGUCAGACAGAUGUAGACGAGUGUUCCAGUUCGCCUUGUCAUAACGGCGGAACCUGCCGAAACCUCAUCAACGCCUACCACUGUGACUGUCAACCUGGAUGGACCGGCGUCAACUGUCAGUCAGAUAUCAACGAGUGUUCCAGCUCGCCUUGCCGUAACGGUGGAACCUGUCAAAACCUCAUCAACGCCUACCACUGUGACUGUCAACCUGGAUGGAGCGGCAUCAACUGUCAGUCAGAUGUAGACGAGUGUUCCAGCUCACCUUGUCGUAACGGCGGAACCUGCCAAAACCUUCUUAACUCGUACCGCUGUGACUGUCAACAUGGAUGGAGUGGCGACAACUGUCAAGAAGGUCGGUCACUGUAA